ACUGUGAGCGCCUGUGAAAGCGCUAUGCAUGCGUAUAUGCCGUAUAUACACAACAAUAUUCCCGUCCAUCGCCUGUACAGAGUAACAACCCAUGCCAUAUUAUUGUCGGUUUUUUCACAUCGAGUGUCAGUUCAUUUUGAGUGGUUGUAGGUUGCGUUUCAUCCUUCGAACGAGAGCGCACAACGAGUGUGGUUGCUGCAUAUAUCAAUGUGUGUGCCCCGAACCGAUCGUCAACAUGACGAUUGUCUAUUUAUUUAUUUUUUCUGAAUGUUUUUUUUUUAUUGUGAAAAACUCUGAUAAACACAUUAUAUUUUAAGUCGUGCGAACCCAAAAGAAAAGCGAUUUUUCUUUCGUUAUCAGAAAAACUUGAAUUUUAUACCGCUCAAAGCAAUUAACGCCGAAAUGUUUCAUGAAAAUUAUUUGAAAUGUUAAAUGAACAGUUACGAUCAUUGUUAUUUUGUGAAAUUGUAUCUCAGUUGGUGACUUCUUUGUAAACAUUGUUGGACUAUUGACAAACCGAAGCGAAUAAAGAAAAAAGAAAAAUUUAAACAGUGUAAUGAAGCAUUCGGUUGAAAUGGAUUUUGUGCAAGUUAAGAAAAAACAUUGAACAUUUACGGUGCAUUUAGAAAAUUGAUUGAUUCCAAAUAUUUUGCAAAAGUGUUUUUUUUUUCAAGAAAAAGUGAGAAGAAAAACGAAAAUUCGAUAGAAUGCCACCUGUACGAAAUGGGCAUUAUAUUAAUGUAGAUGAUCACACUACGAAUCCACUACAUCUAGGAUCAAAUCAAGUGAUUGAAUCAAAAAUGCCGAUGCAUUUGCAUCCACAGCACUCGCCAAAUUCAGCUGCAUCGGCAUCAGCAGUAGCAGCAGCAGCAGCAACGGCGGUGGUGGUGGCAAAGCAACGCAAUGAAUAUGGAGCACCGUCAGUGCAACAUCCCUCCGGAUCUCAUCACCAAGCCAUUCAACAAACACCGCUAACUAAAGCCGAACUUCGAAAGUCCAAUAAGCCGAUAAUGGAAAAGAAGCGUCGUGCCAGAAUAAAUCAUUGUCUUAAUGAGUUGAAGACAUUAAUUUUGGAAGCGAUGAAAAAGGAUCCGGCACGACAUACGAAACUGGAAAAGGCUGAUAUUCUUGAGAUGACUGUGAAAUAUCUGCAAACGAUGCAACGUAACCAAAUCAAUGCGGCCAACAAUGUACAAAACGAUCCCACCGUUUUGUAUAAAUUCAAAGCUGGCUUCUCUGACUGCACCAACGAAGUGAGUCGGUAUAUAAAUCAAAUUGACGGCGUCGAUGCAACUGUUAAGCAGCGUUUAAUGGGCCAUUUGAAUAAUUGUGUUACGGGCAUACAACAAGUAGCCACACCACAACCGUAUAGUUCAUUAGGUAGCUCAACUAAUACCAAUUUUCCCUAUCGGCCAAGUGGCUUCAGUAGCAGCCCGGAUUUGUUCGGAAGUGCGUCGAGUAGCAAUGCGGCGAAUCCGUUGUAUCAACAGUUGCCAUUGAAUUUACCAGUGACACCGGAGAUAAAUAACAAUAGUCGCAUCCAAAUGGGUGGCGUUCAAUUUAUUCCAUCGCGUCUGCCAUCCGGCGAAUUUGCAUUGGUCAUGCCAAACACUGGAAACACGCCCGAACAAUGGAAACAAUACUAUCCAGUGGAUUCAUUGUCAUUGCGUCACAAUAAUUUGGAUCUAAACGAAUCAUUACCGCGUAGUGCAUUUAGUAAUGUCACAAAAAUGGCCAAACAUUUGGACACGAGCCCGUUGAGUCCGGCAUCAUCGAUGUCUAGCAUAGACGAUUCGUCAACAACACAAACGGAUCUACAAACAUCGAUCGAAACAUCGAGUCCACAGCGAACGCCACCGAAAUGUUUGAGUGCAUUUCCAACACCGCCGUCUGGUGGUUCCAUUACAUUGAUUCCAACCACAACAACAACAACAACAGCAACGCAUUCCACUCCAUUACUCAACUCUACCAUUACAUCAGCGCCAUCGUUGCAACAGCAACACGUCACGUCCACAACGGAACAGUCAUCGGCCGGCAUUUCAUCACGCAUUAAGCCCAUUUCACUUGAGAUGUGUAUGAAAGACAGUGAAUCGGAGACGAUAGCCGAUUAUAAAUAUGUUGAUGGUAAAAAGCGACCGCAUUCAAAUCAAUCGGCCGAAAAUGAAGACGAUGACGAUGGUGAACCAUUGCCAAAAAUCCGGGCCAAAUCAGAGCAAUCAUCACCACCGUCAUCGUCGCCACCGCCGCCACUGUCAGCACCGCCAAUGACCAACGAAAACGCCGUCAAAUCGGAAGAAUCAAGUAAUGACAAUGAUCAGUCAGAGGAGGCUGGCAACGGUGACAUGUGGCGACCAUGGUGAAAAUCGCAUCCAUACACGUGCUAUCUCAUCACUUUUUCAAGUUUAUUUCAACUUUUCUUCUAUGUAACUUGAUUUUUGAUAAUAACUUAUCAUCACACGACUCCUUUUUUUGUAUUUUUCUUAUUUAAUUUUAAGAGAGACAUUUUUGCGUCGGUCUUGUAUUUGUUUGUUUGUUUGUUUCGAGUGAGAAUGAUUUUUCAAAAAGCCAGACUUUAAUUCAAGCACAUCAAAUUCUAAUUUUUUUUUUUUAUAAAACAAACCGUUAUCAUAAUAUAAUUCUGUGAUUUCUCUGAUAUUAAGUGCCUAAAUAAAGAAUAUCGUUAAAACAAUGGAAA